CUACUCCCUCACUUCUCUGCUACACACACGAACUCCAUCCAUCUUUAAAAAAAAAUAGUAUUUCUGAUUUGGGAAAUUUUCAAAUUUAUAAAAAAGAAAAGAAAAGAGAUUAGAUGUAAAGGGCAAGGAGGGCAUCUCUCUCUCUCUCUCUCUCAUAGAUUCUCUCUUCUAUCGCUGCUUCCUCUUUGGUGAGUACUACUUGUUACGUUUCGCUUCUGAUCGACACAUCUUCAUCUUUCCUCUCCUUUUGGGUCCAUCGAUUCCUGUCAUCCGAUCACGACCCAAGUCCAGCUUUUUUCUUUGACUCUCAUCAACAAAAGUGAAUCAUCAUUUGACAGAAUGGAGUUGGAGUCUUCAUGUAAGCUGUUCAUCGGUGGGAUCUCUUGGGAAACCACUGAAGAUAGUCUCCUUCAGUAUUUUCAGACCUUUGGUGAGGUUUUGGAGGCUCUUGUCAUCAAGGAUCGUCUCACUGGCCGUGCCCGUGGCUUUGGUUUCAUCGUCUUUAAAGACUCCAGUGUCGCUCAGAGAGUCCUUCUCCAGAAACACAUGAUUGAUGGCAAAUCUGUGGAGGCGAAGAAGGCAGUUCCAAGAGAUGAUCACGUACCACUGAACAAAAGCAACAGUAGCGUCCAGGGAUCUCCUGGUCCAGCACACUCUAAAAAGAUAUUUGUGGGAGGGUUAGCAUCAUCAGUAACGGAGUCAGAGUUCAAGAAGUACUUUUCUCAGUUUGGGACUAUCAUUGAUCUUGUGGUGAUGUAUGACCACAAAACUCAGCGCCCCAGAGGCUUUGGCUUCGUUACAUACGAUUCAGAAGAGGCUGUAGACAAAGUUUUGCAGAGGAAGUUCCAUGAACUCGAUGGUAAGAUGGUUGAGGUCAAAGUGGCCGUCCCCAAGGAAACAUCUCCCAUCCCAAACAUGAACAUUAGCAGCUUAAAUAACUUUGGAAGUAGCAGGAUGAGUUUGUUGCUCAACGAUUACACACAAGGGUUCAACCUGAGUCCAACCUCAGCAAAACCUGAAGUUAGGUACAGUCCAGCGUUGAGUAACCAACGUAGCUUCUCUCCGUUUGGCCACGGAUUUGAGAUUGAUCUGGAUUUUAUUGAGAGAAACCAUAAUCAGAGUAAUGUUAGUAGAAGGCUGUUUAGCCCUGGAUAUAAUGCAAGUCUUAGCAGGUAUGGUGGCCAAUGGAAUGGUUCUGUUAACCGAAAUCAACUAUGGGGGAAUAAUGGUGGUUUGAGUUACAUGUCAAACGCUGAGUUAAGUGGAGGGUUCAAUGGGAACUAUGGAGUAGGAAGCAUAGGAGAGAAGUGGGGAACAGUUGGUGAAGGGCGUAUUAAUUAUGGUAUAAGCAAUGGAAUGGGUUUAGGAUCUAGAGGAGGAGGAGGAGCUCAUAUGAGCAGCUCGGGUUGGGGAAUGUCCAGUGAAGGAGGAGGGAUGCGCGGUUGUGGAUACAUGAACAACACAGAGGAAUUGCUGCUAGCUUAGAGACAUGACAUAUCUACACUUUAGGGAGAUGAGAUGAUUUUGGAGUGAGUUUUAGAGAGCAACUUAUUAGAGUCCCAUAAAUUUUCAAAUUUUGAGUUGCUUUGCUUCUUUUUUGUUUUAAUUUGGAAUUUACUUUUUUUUUUUUUUAUCUUUGUUUUGUUUGCUGUAAAAUGACAAAUACAAAUGGAGGAAAACAAGAAAUAGAGAGAGUUUCAUGUCA